UACGCCUCCCCUCCCCCCUCUUUCUCUCCAUGUGAAAAUUUCUAAAACAAUUGCGACAAUAAAAUCCCAUCAAUUUCUCGACUUGCCUUUUUCUGCUCAUUUCACACGCCCAAAUUGAAACUCUUUCUUUCGUUUUGAUCCCCUUCCUUCUAGAACUCUCUCACUAGGAUAUCUUUCUCUUCGGGGCUCCAUUUCUUGAACUUCCGGCGUGCCAGUGCAAUAAUACUCCCGGCAAGGCUGCAAUUUGAGGGUUUCUCGUCUGCUUUAGUUUGGGUUUAAGUUGAUUGUAGUUGAGCAGUUGAAGUUGUGUGAUUGGGGAGAGAUCUGCUGGAGGGGAGUAUUGAAUUGCGGGGGUUUUGGAUCCGAUCGCUGGGGAAACAGCGCCACUAGAUGGCGCUGUUCAGGCGCUUCUUUUACCGGAAGCCGCCAGAUAGGCUCCUUGAAAUCUCUGAACGGGUCUACGUGUUUGAUUGCUGCUUCUCCACUGAUGUGUUGGACGAAGACAUGUUUAGAUCUUACAUGGGCGGUAUCGUAGCUCAACUACAAGACUAUUAUCCCGACUCUUCUUUCAUGGUGUUUAACUUCAGAGAAGGCGACAGGAGAAGCCUAAUAUCUGACAUCUUAUCCCCAUAUGAUAUGACGGUUAUGGAUUAUCCUCGGCAAUAUGAAGGGUGUCCAAUAUUACCAUUAGAAAUGAUCCACCACUUCUUGCGGUCCAGUGAGAGUUGGUUGUCACUUGAAGGCCAACAAAAUGUGCUGCUGAUGCACUGUGAGAGAGGAGGAUGGCCUGUGCUGGCCUUCAUGCUUGCAGGACUUCUUUUGUACAGAAAGCAGUACAGUGGCGAGCAGAAGACACUUGAAGUGGUAUACAAACAAGCACCGAGGGAACUUCUUCAUCUUUUAUCUCCUUUGAAUCCACAGCCAUCCCAGCUAAGAUAUCUCCAAUAUAUCUCUAGGAGAAACCUUGGUUCCGAUUGGCCACCAUCAGACCCACCUCUAGUUUUAGAUUGUAUCAUACUCAGGGUCAUCCCCGUGUACGAGGUUGGAAGGGGUUGCCGACCAGUGGUUCGUGUUUAUGGUCAGGAUCCUUCUUCAACUAAAUCUAACAGAAGUUCCAAGCUCUUGUUUUCAACUCCAAGUUCAAAAAAGCAUUCUAGAUUCUACCGGCAGGUAGAGUGCGAACUAGUUAAAAUAGAUAUCCACUGCCUUGUCCAAGGGGACGCUGUCCUUGAGUGCAUACAUUUGGAUGACAAGCUUGGAAGGGAAGAAAUGGUGUUUAGAGUCAUGUUUCACACAGCUUUUAUAAGGUCAAAUGUUUUGAUGCUAAGUCGCGAAGAUGUUGAUGUCUUGUGGGAUGCGAAAGAGCAGUUUUCCAAGGACUUUAGAGCAGAGGUACUCUUUUCGGAUGUGGAUUCCGAUCCUCCUAUUUUAUCAACUGAAGCAUCAAAUGAAGGUGAAAAUGAGGCGGGAAGUGCCUCACCUGAUGAGUUUUAUGAGGUUGAAGAGAUUUUCAGCAAUGUUGCUGAUGGGCAGGAUGUAAGGGGCGACUUAGAUAACCGCAAACCAGAGAGUAAGCUUGAUGAUGAGUGCCAAGAAGUAGUUUGGAAGGAGGAAUUGGACCAUCACACGUUCCAAGAUUGUGCAUCUGAAGAAGGCAAUCACAGGCGUGAUGCUAGGAUUGAUCCUAUUCAUCCUGAAGCAGAUGCCAACAUUAUGGGUGAUGAGUAUGUAUUGUUAGAGGCUGCUGAUGUGUUUCCCAAUGAUUCUGGUAAUGUGGAAACAAGAGGAGUACUUUUGGGUGUUUGUGAGGAAUCAUUAAAAGUGGGAUAUAAGCAGUACGGUGAAAUUGCACUCUCACAGAAGAAGCUAGACAGGCAUGGUUCAGAACAUAAGACUGGAGGUGAAAUUAAUAAUAACCAAAAGUCUGACAAUGCACCUUUGGCUGCUUCAAAGAAACAAUUAGCAAACUCAAAACCUUCAUCAGAUGCCAUUGCAAAUAACACAUCUAAACAACAAGAAUUUCAGGUGAACCUUUCAAGACAGGCGAAGCCAAAUGUAGUAUCCCGAUGGAUCAUUCCUAAUAAAGACUCGUAUACCAAUUCAAUGCAUAUAUCAUACCCACCGUCAAGGUACAACAGCGCUCCACCAGCAUUUGUGCUUGCUAAAGAUUCUCAGCCAAGUGGAAAAUCAAAAUUAUCAUCCCUCUGUGCUUCUACAGAUGCUACUGCUUCAGAGAAUAUUAAUACUGAAGCAGCUGGUUGUGCACCUUGUUCUCCUUUAACGGGCAUUAUGAUGCCUCAAGUGGAAUUAAGUCCCCUUUCAACGUCUCCCGCAGUUGAGAGCCAGGACCUACGAGAGUCGUCACUUCCAGAUCAGCAUACCAGUUCCCCAUCCUCUCAAGUCUUAUGUAGAGUAGAAGGUUGUGGUGUCUCACCUUCUCCUCCAUCCCAACAGUUCACCUUUCAAGAAAGUAGUGUAACAAAUUCUACUACUCACCCACCUCCUCCUCCCCCUCCUCCACCCCCUUUGCCCCUGUUUUCUACUCGUAUUACUGUCUUAACCUCAUCACCACCAACUCCUACCUCACCUUGUCCCAUCUCUACACCAACUACUGUGACAAAUUGGAUUAAUGUAGCUUCUUCUGUGGCACUAUCAAAAGGAGCACCGCCUCCGCCUCCACCUCCAAGUCGUGGAGGAGCACCACCACCGCCUCCGCCUCCAAGUCGUGGAGGAGCACCACCACCGCCUCCUCCUCCAAGUCAUGGAGGAGCACCUCCACCACCACCACCUCCAAGUCGUGGAGGAACACCACCAACGCCUGCUCCGUAUCGUAAAGCAGCUCCACUGCCAAUCAAUGGAGCACCACCUCCCCCACCGCCUCUAAGGGGUUGUUCACCUGGCCCUCCACCACCACCAGGAGCUCCAAGACCUCCCAGUGGUGCACCUCCUCCACCUGGGAGAGGCAUUUCCCCUGGGAAAGCACGUGGACCUUAUGGGAGAGCACCUCCUACUGUAGCCCCUCGAAGAUCGACCUUGAAGCCACUGCAUUGGAGUAAGGUAACCAGAGCAGUACAAGGAAGUUUGUGGGAGGAAUUACAGAGAAACGGAGAACCUCAAAUGGCACCAGAGUUUGAUGUUUCAGAACUCGAGACUCUUUUCUCUGCUGUAGCCCCAAAGUCAGAUAAAGGUGACAAAAGUGGAGGACGACGAAAAUCUCUUGGAUCUAAGCCUGAUAGGGUUCAUCUGGUUGAUUUGAGAAGGGCCAACAACACUGAAAUUAUGCUAACGAAAGUGAAGAUUCCACUUCCAGACAUGAUGGCUGCUGCAUUGUCUAUGGAUGAGUCCAUCUUGGAUGCUGAUCAAGUAGAAAAUUUAAUUAAGUUCUGUCCCACAAAGGAAGAAAUGGAACUUCUUAAGAAUUACACAGGUGACAAGGAUAAUCUGGGGAAGUGUGAACAGUUCUUUCUAGAACUCAUGAAGGUACCACGGGUGGAAUCCAAAUUAAGAGUUUUUCUCUUCAAGAUUCAAUUUAGUUCACAGGUUUCAGAUUUCCGAAAAAGUUUAAGCACUGUGAACUCUUCUUGUGAAGAGGUCCGGAAUUCUUACAAACUGAAAGAAGUCAUGUGGAUAAUUUUACAACUGGGAAACACAUUGAACCAGGGAACUGCCAGAGGUUCAGCUGUUGGAUAUAAGUUGGACAGUCUUUUAAAACUAACAGAUACUCGUGCCACUAACAACAAGAUGACCCUCAUGCAUUACCUUUGUAAGGCUCUUGCUUCACGGUCACCCGCACUUCUGGAUUUUCAUGUGGAUUUUGUAAGCUUAGAAGCUGCAUCAAAGAUACAAUUGAAAUCUUUGGCAGAGGAAAUGCAAGCUAUCAUCAAGGGAUUGGAAAAAGUAAAACAGGAACUGACUGCAUCUGAGAAUGAUGGUCCUGUAUCUGAAAUUUUCCGCAAGACACUAAGAGACUUUAUUGGAAUGGCUGAAACAGAGGUGUCAUCUGUGACAAAUUUAUAUUCCACAGCGGGAAGAAAUGCAGAUGCACUGGCAUUGUAUUUUGGUGAGGAUCCCGCCCGUUGCCCAUUUGAGCAAGUUACUGCAACACUCUUAAACUUUGUGAGGUUAUUCAGAAAAGCCCAUGAGGAGAACUUGAAACAGGCUGAAUUAGAAAGGAAAAAAGCUCAGAAGGAGGCUGAAAUGGAGAAUGCUAAAAACAUGAACGCCAAAAGCACGAAUCUCUCAAAGAAGGGUCCUAAAGGUUGAGAAUCCCGAUGAACUUAUGGGGCACCAGUCUAUCUGUCUUAACCGCCUUGUGCACUGGUUGUAUCCAUUUGGUCACAGAGCACAAAAUCGACAGUACUUCUGAAGUGCCUUUGGCUUUUGUGGGGUUCAUAGUAUGAAGUGUAUAUUAAAAGGCUGUGAACUUGAAUUGAAAGAGUAGUUAUGGCUCAACAGGCAAAGGUAUAUAUGGUCCUGGCGAGGCUGAUUGGACAUGCAAUGCAAUUUUGGAGUGUCAAUAGAGAUUUCAAACAAUCAUUAAACAAACAAGAAACAUUAUCAAAUUGAUAGUAGCUCCUCAUAUGCCAUGAUGGAAGAGAAGUUAUUUAUUUGGUUUAUACCUGAGAUGUUUCGGCCGAGAAGUGUAAAGGGGAAGAUCUGAAGUUGUCCAAGAAUCUUUGUACAGAACAUAGAACUUGAUUGGACUGUUUCAUUGUAACAUAGAAUAUGUUCCUUUCCAUGAAACAAAUUGGUUGGGACUGGGAAUUGACAUCAGAAUUCAUUGUACAGGUAUCUCAGUAUUAGUGGGUAGCUAGGGAUAUAGAUUGGGUUAAGUGUAGCAGGAGUGUAACAAAGAAUAAGGUCUCAGAUUAGAUAGAUGCCUCUUUCACCGAAUGCCAAUUCUUUUUUUAUUUAUUUUUGAGCCAUAUUCUUUUGCCAUCAUAAAAUAUUGCAUAAUAC